UUCACUUUCAGUUUUCUAGUGAAAUUCUAUAUGUUCGGUUAGAAGCUAAAUUACUCAAUUCGAAAUGUUCACAUAAUAAACGUAAUUAUAUUUUUUAUAUUUAAUGACUGUGUCGUAUAAUUAUUAAAGUGCAGUGCUAUCGGGCAAUACGCUCUUCGUUAGAUAAGCUAAUAACAUUAUAACUAAUCUGUGAAAAAUCGAACCAAAGAAUUUGUUCAAAAGUGAUAAGAAAACAAUAGACGUACAGGUGCGCGUUAAUAUUGUUAGAACAAACAAUUACAUUAUAUGUUUCUUUGUUGUUAAACUUAGACUUUGUAUGCUGUUAAAGCAAGGUAUUUUUUGCAAUAUUGUAAACUUGACAAAAAUUUAAAAUUUUGUAUUUGUAAAUUUAAACUAAAAAAGAAUUCAAGUUUUGUUUACAUGCAAAAUGUGGCCAUUUGCAUCCAAUAUGAAAAUUGCUCUUCUGCAAUUUUUUUGUUUAAUACUAACAAUUGGAAUAAAUUGUGAAGAAACUAAUCCUCUGGUAUUUGCAACGACGGAAUGUUUUCUAAAGGAGCCAGUUUAUGAACAUAAAUUUGACUUUAGCAAGUUACAUUCAGAUUUUGCACACCAAGCCACUGGCAUGAAUGGUGAUGUCUUCGAGUAUAAUCUCUGUGGUAAUAUGACGCGUACUUGCGAUGGACAGAAAAAUAUUGCAGCGUGUUUAAAAAGAGGCGACAAGGAGUUUGUGCUCGGCACACAACAUCAACUACACUAUAGCAAUGGCAAAAUGUUUUUCAGCUUUCUAAAUGGCGCCAAAUGUCCCACUGGUGUAGCUGAUUUUCAGUUGUAUGUUGCCCUUGGCUGCGAUUACACUUUAGAUGAGAUACAAUCACAUGUGACACAGUAUGCUAAUAAUUCCUGUUCCUUCUACAUCACCUUGGAGUCGCCUGAAGCUUGCUUACCAGAACCAGAUGACGUUAAAGCUAACACGUGUACCUAUACCGAUACUUCAACUGGUCAUGUAUAUAACUUGAUGCCACUCAGUGAUAUGAAUUAUAUUACUACCGAUCGAGCUGGAUCUGCGUUUGUGAUAAAUGUCUGUAAACCAGUGCUCUAUGGCAGAAACAAUAUGUGUCCGGCUGGUAGCAGUGUGUGCUUUGUUUCCUUAAAAGCCACUGAUUAUAAGAAAAAGUACUUUAAUUACGGUACUGUCCAACCAAAUCCUACCUUCGAGAAUGGCAAAUUAGUCAUGCGUCUUAAGUCAGAUACCAUUUGCAAUGGUAAUGAAACUUAUUCUUCGGUUAUAUAUUUUUAUUGCGAUCCAAAUGUUAAGAAUGCUCAUCCGGAAUUUAUUGGUCUGCAUGGUUGCGUAAAUGAAUUUUCGUUUGUCACGCCAUUGGCCUGUAAUAAUUUGGCGCCUUGUACGACCAUAACGCACGGUAAUGAAAUUCUUGAUAUGAGCAGUUUAAAGGAUAAACCGUUCACCUUACAGUUGCAGGAUAAGAGUUAUACAUUCGCUGUGUGUUCCGGUGCAGGGCAGCCGUGCUUGGAAAAUGAUGGAAAAGGUUAA